CCGAAAUUCGACUUCUACGCUCAAGAGCGUUGAAAUGUCACUGAAUGUAUGGCUUUGUUGUCGCAAACUAUGGCGCGAGGGUGUAUGAGCGAUGGGUAUAAAUGCGGCGAGGAUUCCUGCUCAUUCAGAAGGGCAGAACGAGAGACUGGACAUCAGCGACUCAAAGAAUUGCACGGCAGAUCAAAUUCACCUCACCAGGCCUACUACGAAAAAAAAAUCAGUGCAUCAUCAGCUGGUCAAGCCUUGUCUUCUUGACCAACCCGACCCCUACUAUUUCUUCCACAAUGCCUCUCCCGCUAGUCCACUACCUGUACCGCUCAGGCCUCCCCAAGUAUUUCCGCCAGGACUCUAAUGGAGAAUCUAGCUGGGCUCUAGUCACCGGAGCCAGCGACGGCAUCGGAUGGGAGCUCUCACGACAGUUAGCUGAACGCGGCUUCAAUGUUAUCCUCCACGGCCGCAACACCGCCAAACUCUCCCGCUGUCGCUCAGAGCUCGAAGCUAGCUUUCCCGCCCGCCACUUCCGCACCAUCGCAGUCGAUGCCUCCGCCUUCACUGAUGCCGAUAUCGACCGCAUCGUCGCGACCACAACCGAUAUCCCCCUCACUAUCCUGGUCAACAACGUUGGUGGCACGGCACCGCUGUCGUCCAACUUCAAGCACUUCGAGGACUACACCACCGCCGAGAUCGACGCCGUGUUUUCCCUGAACAUUACGUUUCCCCUGAAACUAACGCGCGCUAUCCUGCCACGUUUCCAGGCGCAGUCCUCCCCCACGCUUGUCCUGACAUGCGGCUCGCAGUCGCAGAUCGGCCAGGCCUACGUCGCGGGGUACUCUGCGACCAAGGGCGCGCUGCACACGUGGAGCCGGGCGCUCGCCGCCGAACAGUACGAAUCUAAAUCCCAAGUUGAGAUCUUGGAGGUUAUCGUGGGUGGGACGUACACGCAGCAGCUACAGAAGGAUCCUAAUAUGAAGCCGGGGGUUUUCAUGCCCACCGCGGAGAUCAUGGCGAGGGCGGCGCUAGCGAGGGUCGGGCAUGGGCAUAGGUGGGUGGUUGGGUAUUGGGGACAUUGGGUGCAGGGGUUUUUGCUGUAUACGUGCUUGCCCGGGUGGAUGGCGGAUAGUGUUGUGGCGGGGAUCCUGAAGCCGAGUGUAGAAGCGAAGAAGACGUAGUAGUUGAGCUUGAGGGUGGGGGAAUGUGAAGAUUGUGGUGCGUGCUGGGAGUAAUACGGAUGGUCGGCCUUUCGCGCGGAGAUGCGAUGGGCCUUGAUUUGAGAAUGGAUGGUGUCCGUGGGUGUGGUUCUAGGCUGAGAUUUGAGCGCAAAUUCGAAUAUGUGCAGGAACCAAAACAACAGAAGAGCCACGGAAGCUUUCAACAGACUCAUCACAUGAAUUUCAUUUGUAUGU